AUGUAUGAGGAAGAAGAUGAUUUUUUUAAAACAUUUGGUAAUAAACUAACAAAAGAAGAAGCCAAUACGAUACCUGGCACACCCGUACAAAAAGACAUGAAUAGAUUUGAAAAAGCUAGAUCUAAAAUAGAGAAAACACAGUCCUAUUCUACAUCAUUCACAUUUCAACAAGAACCUAUUUUAGAAGUACCCAAAAUAUGUAGAAUAUCAUUUAAUCAUCAUUUAAUCGAUACUUGGUAUGUUGCACCUUAUCCAGAAGAAUAUAGUCAGAAUUCAACACUUUAUAUUUGUGAAUUUUGUAUGAAAUACAUGAAGAGUAGUUAUAUUGCAGGCAGACAUUAUAAAAAGUGUAAAGUAAAAUAUCCUCCUGGUGAUGAAAUUUAUCGAGAUGGUAAAAUUUCAAUAUUUGAAGUGGAUGGAAGAAAGAACAAGAUGUAUUGUCAAAAUUUAUGUUUGUUGGCCAAGAUGUUUCUUGAUCAUAAAACACUUUAUUAUGAUGUGGAGCCUUUUUUAUUUUAUAUCAUGACAGAGACAGAUGAAAAGGGAUGUCAUUUUGUUGGUUAUUUUUCAAAGGAGAAACGGUCUGCUAUGAACUAUAAUGUAUCAUGCAUCUUGACAAUGCCUAUCUUUCAACGGAAAGGAUAUGGUCAAUUCUUGAUUGACUUUAGUUACUUGUUAUCAAAGAAAGAAAAUAAGACGGGGACGCCAGAAAGACCUUUAUCAGAUCUAGGUUUACUCAGUUAUCGAAAUUAUUGGAAAAAUAUCUUAUUCCGUGAAUUAGAACGUCAUAGAGGAAAAUCGAUUAGUGUCGAAGAACUUAGUCAUAGUACGAGUUUAACAGUAGAUGAUAUUAUAUCAACUUUGCAAAAUAAUAAUAUGAUUCAAUAUGAUAAAGAUACGAAACGGUACUCUCUGGUAAUAGAUUGGAAGCAAAUUGAAGAUUAUAUAAAAAAGAUGGAUGAAAAAAAUUAUCUUCGCGUCGAUGCUGAGAAGCUUACUUGGACUCCAUUUGUUCUAUCAAGAGACCGUUUAGCUGCCUUAUUAGGACAAGCAAAGAAAACCAUUAAAGACAUUGACGAAUCAGUAGACGUUGAUAUUGUUUGA